GGUAAGCUGACGGGGAUACAAAGACCAUGAGUUACCGGGCCGGGGAUGCAGCCCGCAGGGCCAGAGAGCGAUACGAACUGAAACAAGCGGCUGCCGAGUUCUACCGAAAGCUCAGUGUAACGGAGAGGCUGGAGGAGGCGCUGAACAGCACAUUCUGUCUGGGCCCUGAGGAUGUCUACGGGCACCUGGCAAAUUACUUUGCUCAGUUCUCCAAGCCCCCGACAAUCUGCCAGAUACGUGGGAGGAAAGUUCUGGAUGGCACGGGGGAACCUACAGUGGAAGCGGAAGUGUUUUGCACCGUGAAAAAUAUGGACAAGCGGAUAUGUUCUUCAGUCAUCUCAGCUGCCUCAGAGCAUCCUAAAGCAUCAAAAGGCCCAGAGCAAGAAAGCAAUCAUUCAGCUGAUAUAGCUAUUCAGUGGUUAAAUGAUUUAAGCCCAAAGCUUAGAGGAAUGUCUCCUGAUGAACAACAUAAAAUCGAUCAACUUCUAAGUGAUUUUUAUCAGCCAAAAAUAGAAGAAGAGAAAGAAAGAAGACAAAUGGAAAGAGAAGCCUCUCCGAUGCCACUUCAGCCCGAACCAUCGCCGGUUACAUCUCCUGCACCGGGCAAGAAGAAAGGAAGCGGCAAAGGUAAAAAGGCAGCUGUGGUAGAAAAACCUAUUCCCCCAGAGGAAACUCCAGAGGCAGUUGUACCGGGAAGCCCAGCUAUAGGGGCAUUGUCACUCGCCGUGGCUAAAGCGUCUUCUGUUCUCAGCAAAACACCAUUGUACUUACACAUCAGAGCCUUACGUAAUGAAAAGUUACCCACUGAAUUCUUCAUGCCGACUCCCAUGAUAUCGAUACUGAGCUGUGGCACGUCAUCUCCCGGCAAACUGAACCUAAUGAAGGAAGUGCUCGUUAUUCCACAGACAGGACUUACCGUGCAGCAGAGUCUUGACAUGGCCUUGAUGCUGCAGAACCAAAUUGUUAAGCAAAUCAACGCUGCCUCUAAGACCGGGCCUGCAAUUAAGAACGUGUCGCCGCUGGGCUGCAUGUUAAUCGGAGGGGACCGCAUAGAGCAACCUCUGGAUUUAAUUUGCGAAGCCUGCCAGCACGUUGGUCUGGAACUGGGAACAAAUCUGUAUUUAGCCAUAAAUUGCGCUGCCCAUGAAUUAAUGGACUAUAAUAAAGGUAAAUACGAAGUCUUAAGUGGAACGUUCAAGAGCCCCGAUGAAAUGAUUGAUCUGUAUGUGGAUUUAAUUAAUAGGCAACCUGCCAUUCUGGCAUUGUUGGACCCCCUGAGAAAAGAGGACACCGUUCAAUGGGAGAGUCUGGCAAAGGCUCUUGGGUCAAAAUGUUACCUUUUUGCUGAUGCUGCUUCCAAACCCAUCUGUAAACUGCUGGAAUCCGGUAGUAUGAAUAGCCCCCCCUGUAGCGGCACUGUCAUCAAGCACACCAAUGAAAUAACCAUAUCCCAGCUGCUGGGUGUCUUCAAGCUCAUCGAGGGUGAAAACCGUGUCGCUGUAUUGGGGUGCCCAUACAAGGAAUCGGUUGGAGACAGUACAGCAGAUUUGGCUGUUGGCCUCGGAGCAAGAUUUGUCAAGUUGGGAGGUCUGCUACGCGGAGAAAGGACCACCAAAUACAACCGUCUGCUGGCCAUAGAGGAUGAGCUAACACAAGCUGGAGCAUUAGGUUUCUGGACAAAGAAUGAAUUUCCAGUACUAUGUGAAGUACAAAACCAGCCUGGACCACAAGAAACUCCAGAAACUCAGUGAAGUGAAGAAUGAGUAGAGUGUUAGCAGUACAGGUAGAUGAGGGCCACAGUGCAACUGAAUCGUUUCCAAACUCGCUCACAGCACAGAGCUUACAGUCAUAUUCCCAAACAGCCGCCUACACACAAAAAUGGCUUCCAAUAAAAAGUUAUUUUGCACAGAA